CACCAAAUAAUCACACCUAACUAAACUUGCAUUUAUGAUUCGUCUCCCACCGACGCCUUUAGCGUCUCUCUCUCCUCUCUACGUAAUAGAACUUUCUUUCUCGUUAGUUGAAGAGCAGCUGGCGCGAUGACGAUUUAUCAAAGUUUAGAUUUAGAGAGAGAUAGAAAGGAGUUUCUCUCCUUCUCUCUCUUCCCGAUGAACAAUUUUUAGGGUUUGAAGAAACCAGUGAUUGUUUCUUUACGGAAAUUUUUAGGAGAUUCAGUAUGUCGGGGCCGCUUGAUCAAUGCACAAGGCCUUGCUUUGAGGAAUCCUAUAAUUAUGAUGAAAGAAAAGAACUGCAAUCAGAUUAUGAAAUCUCGGAGGAUGAAAAGAGGACAAGAAUUGGGAGUUUGAAGAAGAAAGCAGUAAAUGCAUCCAAUAAAAUUAAGCAUUCUCUCAAGCAGAAAAGUAAAACAAAAAACGAGAAUCAGACUACUUCUGUUUCAAUAGAGGAUGUCUGGGAUGCUAAAGAGUUAAAGGUUGUAGAUGCUUUCCGACAAGAACUGAUCUCAAAUGACUUGCUACCUGCAAGAUAUGAUGAUUAUCAUUUGAUGUUGAGAUUCUUGAAAGGGAGGAAGUUUGAUAUUAAGAAAACAAAGCACAUGUGGGCUGAGAUGCUUCAAUGGAGGAAAGACUUCGGUGCUGACACUAUCAUGGAGGAUUUUGAGUUCAAAGAGUUGAAUGAAGUUGUACAGCACUACCCACAGGGUUAUCAUGGUGUUGAUAAGGAGGGAAGGCCCAUAUACAUUGAAAAACUUGGAAAAGCUGAUCCAUUCAAGCUUAUGGAAGUGACAAAUUUGGAUCGGUUUGUGAGAUACCAUGUGCAAGAGUUUGAGAAAACUCUUACUAUCAAGUUUCCUGCCUGCUCUAUUGCUGCAAAAAGACACAUUGAUUCAAGUACAACAAUUUUAGACGUUCAUGGCGUGGGUUUUAAGCACCUGACUAAACCUGCACGAGAAGUCAUUAUGCUGCUGCAGAAGAUUGAUAAUGACAACUAUCCUGAGACACUUGGUCGUAUGUUUAUUAUAAAUGCUGGUUCUGGCUUUAGGCUGCUCUGGAACACAGUGAAGAGUUUCCUUGAUCCCAAAACAGCUUCGAAGAUUCAUGUUCUUAGCAGCAAAUUCCAAAGUAAAUUGCUUGAGAUUAUUGAUGAUAGUGAGUUGCCAGAAUUUCUCGGUGGUAGCUGUACAUGUGCAGAUGAGGGAGGUUGUAUGAGGUCUGAGAAAGGGCCAUGGAAAGACCCGGAUAUAUUAAAGAUGAUUUUUGAUGGUGAAGUGCAAAAAUCCAGACGAAUAGUGACCGUAUCAGACAGUGAGGAGAGAGCAACUGGUGAUGAAAAGCCACAUUAUCCUACGACAAAAAGCAGCGACACUUCUGCUGAUUCCGGAUCUGAAGCUGAGGAACUUGCAUCUCCAAAAGCAACAAAGACAUAUCCAGACCCAAGGUUGACUCCUGUCCUUGAAGAAGUGGUUGGACAUGCAAACUGUGAUGGCAGCUUGUCUAGGGAUAAUGAAUUUGUCCCAGUGAUUAAUCAGCCUGCAGAUACAGGAUUUGAGGAACAAAUGGGCCUUCAAAAGCCUAAUGCUUCAAGAGGGAUGCCUUCUCUCGCAAGACAGCAAAUAACUCCACAAGGACUUUGUGCCCUGAUUUGGGCAGCUCUCCUGGCCUUCUCUGCAACCAUCUUUAAUCUUUUCCUUUCACUAGUGAGCCGAGUGAAUAAAAACACCCCCAGCCAAACAAUUGAACUAGUGCCCGUGGAGGAAUACCCUCCACCUUUGAAUUCUGCUUUUGGUAAGGCAGACCUCUCAUCUGUUCUCCAGAGGCUGGGUGAGCUCGAGGGGAAGGUAGAUAUGUUACAGACGAAGGGCUUUAGCAUGCCCAAUGAGAAAGAGGAAUUGCUCAAUGGUGCUGUUUAUCGUGUGGAUGCAUUAGAAGCCGAGUUAAUUGCUACUAAGAAGGAAUGGUUCUAGCUUUGGUGAUGCACUUUUUAUUUGGUACCUUAUUCUGCUCCUUUUCUUUCUGUAAGUCACUGGAUGAAGCUCUAAUAGUGCAAGAAGAACUCCUUGCAUACAUAGAUCGUCAAGAAGCUGCCAAGCUCCGGGUAACUUGAGAUUAGGAUCUGUGCAAUUUCAUUGAGCAAUUUCAUCUUCAAGAAACUGAUAGUUCAAUUGUUUGCGCAUGUGAAACAGAUAAGGAAGUUUUGCUUCUAAGGAUGAGAUUUUUGUACAGGAGGAUUUGUUUGACAGAAUGUUGAUUCCGUUAGCUGUAUAUAUCUGUAUUUUGAGAUGCAUACAUGUAGUUUUUUUUAAUUUUUUUUUUUUUUAAUUUUAAUAUUCUUUGAUUUCAACAUUUAUGAAGUUUCUGAUAUAUUAAAAAUUUGUACAUACCAACCAUGUAAAAUAAAGGCCGUUAGUGUUGUUUCUCUAGUUUUCUCGCCUUUGUUAAGGCCACACUUUAUCUCAUCUCUCUUUUAGUGGUC